AUAUGAGAAUUCCUUUUAACAUUUUUCUAAGGCGAAGGUUCGCCAUGCCUAGCCAAUGAGCGGAGUCAGGUACACAGGAGGGGCGCCGCGUAGUUUGUCAAUAAAAGGAGGGCCCCAUGGCCCACAUAUCAUCAUCAGGAAGUAGAGAGUGUUUUCAUUAUCCCAAUUUUCUAUAUUCCUUUGGAACAUCCCAAUCCUGGAAAAAAUAUUUCCAAUUUCUGUCACCAUUUUCAAUUGUUCAGUUUGGACUUUAUAGAGUUUUAGAUGACCAACACAAAGUAGUUGGGAGAAAAAAUUUAUCAAUAUCAAACCCAUUCAUUGCAUUUUCAGACAACCAACUCUCAUCAAAGUUUUGAACUUGUUGGAGUCGUCCAGAACUCACCUGAGCUUGAGAAUCAAAUUGAAACUAUGGGCAUAUCAUAACUAAGCAAACCCUUUAGUGAACAAGUUUAGUACUGGUCGGGUGAUAUAAAUAUAUAGAGAAGCAAAAGGCUGCAAUUUAAAGAUGAGCAAUAAUGACGACUUCACCUUUUGUCAGGUUGGUCCUCCUGUAAAUCCAGACACUUGGGAACCUCUGGAAACUUUUCCUAACAUUGGUGGUAUCACUAUAAAGGAGGGUUCCUCAAAUGAAGCAAGUAUUGAUCACAUGGAUGGUUUUAUAGUGAAAGACAGUUCAUUAAACAGUGCCUCAUCUAACAAGCAGAAAACAGUUGGUUCUUUGUCUUUUAAUGUUAUUGAUAUGUCAGCAACAACUGAAUCAUCAACACAUGCUGGAGAUUCGGGUAAAGCCUCACAAGGACAGAGGAGUAUUGUCAAAAAGCCUGCAGUUCGCGCCAAGGUUCCUUUUGAGAAAGGAUAUAGCCCAAUGGACUGGUUUAGGCUUAAUCGGACACAUCCUGAUCUUGCAGGAUUAAAGGGACAGUCAAAUAAAAGGCUUAUUUCCAUGGAAGAAGUUGAGCAACACCAAAAAGAAGGUUCUAUUUGGACUGUGUUAAAAGGUCGUGUGUACAAUAUAUCACCCUACAUGAAGUUUCACCCUGGAGGGGUUGAUAAACUAAUGAGUGCAGCUGGGAAAGAUUGCACAUCUAUGUUCAACAAAUACCAUGCCUGGGUGAAUGCUGAGUUCUUAAUGGAGAAGUGCCUGGUAGGUACUCUAGAUGACAACAGGUGAUGGAUCAUGACAGUUUGAUUAUUUAGAAGUGGUUCUCUGCGACAUCAAUAAUAUUUAGCAAGAUGAGCUUGGCAAAAUGGUAAAUCAUAAGUCAAUGAAGUAUAUUUUACUUUUUCUCUCAUACUAUGUAUUUCUUUAACAGGAUAAAGCUGAAAAGCCCUUAUGUGAAUAAAUCUGAUUUUCACAUGUUUAUAGCAUUCAUGGAACUCUGUGUAGAAGUGCAAUACAUUGUAAUUUUGAUGGUCCAUUUACUUUGGACAUUACCAGAUCACAUAUAUGAUAUACUUCUGAGUAUGACUGAUGAUGUCUAUGGUAUAAUUUUGUUUGAUGGCC